AUGCCAUUAACGAGCACGCCUUCCCUGAAGGAAGGAUCGUACUCCCCUCCAAGUUGUACCCAUCUCUUCGAGCACGCGCAGGCAGCUGAACGCGCGGGGAACCUUUCCGAGCACGCGGAGCACUGGCCGCACGACGGCGACGUCAAGAUGACCGUUCCCGAGCACCUCGUGUCGCACACCGCAUCCGAUGAUGAUUUCCCUCGCAAUUCGUCAAACUUGAAGCCCGAACCGCAGGAGGAGCGCGCUGAGGCUCGUAAAUCCGCGGCGCACGCCGUCUCUCAGCAAAGCGUCGACUAUCCAGCAGCUGGCGGCGACUGGAACGAGUUCGACACAUCGCCCGCCAUUUUCAAUUUCCAAGAGCGCCCCGUGCGCGACGCGGGAUGGCUGUUGGUGGUGGCUGUGGCACUGGUCGUUCUCGUGGGCGCAGCCGCCUUCGCCUUCGACCCCUCCAUCCGCCUCGGAGAUGCCCUCACUUUCCUCCUCGUCUAUCCGUUCGCUUUUCUCCUCCUCUUCGCCUUGAGCCUCCCCCUCACCCUGUUGCUCGUCUCGUAUCUUCGCAAAAUCUCCGCGCACACCUUGAAGACUCUCAUGACACUCGCUGCCGUGAUCUUCGUUCUGCAAAGCGUCAGCUCCGCCGUGAACCUCCUCGCAUCGCAACAUGCGGACGAAGGAGGCCCGUCGCUGCAGGCGUAUGAUGCGUCGUAUUUCGGGGGAAACACUGGCUCCAACGGCCCAGGCGACGACGCGGCCACCGACUUUUGGGAACGAGGGGGGAAUGAUGGCAUUAGGCAUGGAACUUCCAUGGAAGGAGGUAUGGAAGGAAGUACGGAAGAAGGCAUGGAAGGGGGUAUGGGCACGGAAGGGGGCAUGGAAGGGGGCAUGGAAGAGGGCAUAGAAGGAAGUAUGGAAGGAGGUAUGGAAGGAGGUAUGGAAGGAGGUAUGGAAGGAAGUAUGGAGGGAGGUAUCGAAGGAGGUAUGGAAGGAGGUAUGGAAGGAGAUAUGGAAGGAGGUAUGGACGCGGCAGCAGAGGCUGACAGCAGCAGCAGUGCGUCUAGUGGCAGCAGCAGCACUGCAGCAUCAAGUGACCUCGGCAGGGGCCUCCUCGAGCUUGCGCUGCCCGCCGUUGCACAUGAUCCUGUAGUAACCGUUGCUGCACGCCACGCCGCCCACUGGGUGCGCGCCGUCCACUCUGCCCUCCACUCCGCGGCCGGGAAAAAUGUGCACGGGAGUUCCAACCGCGUCCUCCCGCGCCUGCUGCUACUCUCCUGCCUCUUCCUCGGCCAAGUGCUCUCAGCUAUCCUCACAUACUCCACAGCCGCUGUCUAUGCACGCCUGUACGUCACGAGCAGCACCAACAGCGGCAGCAGCAGCAGCGAGGGUGGGCAGGCGGGUGGAGGGGAAGAGCGCAUGACAGCGUGGGGCCAGCUGCAGCUGUUCUGCUCGGCACUCAGCCUCGCAUGCACCUCAUCCCUUGGCACCUGCUGUGCCGUUGCUUUCACUGCAAGCGCUCUCGGCAUUGCGGUGAUGUGCCUGUCCGCCCUCGUCCUGGCGCUCUUUGGCCAAGGCAUCAUAGGCAGCUUGCCUGUGGCGCUGCUUCACUGCACAAAUCUCGCCAUCCUCUUCUUCCUCCACUGCCUUGUGCUCCCCACCACUGCAAUGAGCGGCCAUGGCUUCACCCGCUCACUGCGCCUCUCUCUCGACAUCCUACAGCGCUAUGCAUUGCCCAUUGUGGCAUCCAAUGCUGCUGCCUUCGCCCUCCCUUCCAUGCUCAUAGGCGGGCUGGGCAUGAUAGCUCCAAUCGUCGCGCUUUUUGUGGGACCUGGCCUAGUGACUCCAUUGAUUAUCGCUUUCUUCUUGUGGAUCCUCGGAGCACCUGUUCUUCUCGCCGCUGUAGGAAUCUCCUCCGUCCUGAUUACAGGGGUGGCUACCACAGUGCUGUGUUUUGCAUGGGACAAGAGGCUCGAGUCAGAAGAGGGGUCUGAUGCUGCGGGCCUGGUGGGUGCCGGUUCUCCUCCCUCUGCUCAUGUGAAGGAUGUUACUGCGGUGUAG